AUCGACAACGUCAAGGCCAAGAUCCAGGACAAGGAGGGUAUCCCCCUGACCAGCAGCGCCUGAUCUUCGCCGGUAAGCAGCUCGAGGAUGGCCGCACCCUGAGCGACUACAACAUCCAGAAGGUACGCGAAUUCUCUAUCGGACGACGUUUGGGUUUCGUUUCAUUAUGCGCAUGGGGUACUGUUGGAUGACGGGGGUUGUUCGCUGGAUUGCUGGACUUGGUUUCCGGAUCCUCCGGCAGGAACCGUCUGCGCUGGAAGAAGCAUGGGAUUGUUAUGGGGAGUCCACUCUCCACCUGGUCCUCCGUCUGCGUGGUGGUAUCAUUGAGCCCUCUCUCAAGGCUCUCGCUUCCAAGUACAACUGCGAGAAGUCCAUCUGCCGCAAGUGCUACGCCCGUCUUCCUCCCCGUGCCACCAACUGCCGUAAGAAGAAGUGCGGUCACACCAACCAGCUGCGCCCCAAGAAGAAGCUCAAGUAAACGAUUUCUAUCUUGUUACGGUUUUUCCGCGUUGCUGGGGAAAAGAGAUGCUCGGAGCUAUGACGUGGUUGCUGCAUGGGAGGUUUUGAAAGGCGUUGGAAUGAUGAAACAUUAUAGCCGAAGUCACAUAUUUUAGUUGACCCCUCUCGAAAGAAGUUGCGCAAUCGAACAUCUGUAAAAUUCAAUUCUGCUCUCUUGAACCUAUGCCGCGGGAAAUACGAGUACAGAUUUGCGUUCAAAAAGAAACCAUGCAGAGAUAUAUGAGGCUGAGGUACAGAAAACACCGGGUGAAU